AUGCAAAUGCAUAAUAGAAAAUCUGUAUAUGCAAACAUUCUCUCAGUUUAUCUAAUGCAGUAAGUAUUGUAGUAUUGGAACCUGAGUUAGUGCACUCGGGGGAGAUUUAUCAAUGUCGGUGUGAGGUAGAAAUCAUUUAAACCAUGUCAGUGCUUUCUAUGUUUUGCAUGUCUGUACAAAAUUUAUCAACCAUGCGCAAUAGCUUGUUGAUACAUUUUUCUCAAACACAGACAUUCCUUCAUGUUUCUACCGUCUGACAUAUUGGUACGUGCACUCCUCGGUGUUCUAUAUUUGCGCAAAAUCUGCUACCUUAGGGCAAAGUUUUCAUAUCUAAACAAAAAAUGCGCAAUAGCAAAUUAGUGUGUAAAGUAUUUUUCUUUCUACGGUACACGAGCACGUAGAGAACAUCGGGAAAUAUUCUAUCAAAAAAGACGCAAUGAAAGCUAUUGUGCAAAUUUUUGCGCAAAAAAAUACACAAGAAAAAGGGGUAAACUUAAUGAUAAAUGUCCCCCCCAUGUGUUUAUAUUGGAAUUGAGUUAGUAUAUUGCAAGAAUUCUACUUGUCAGUCUAGCACUGGUCAGUGCUUGGUGUAUUACAGCUUUAAGUACUGUCCCUCCCUCCUGACCAUCUGGUCUGAGCUUUUUCAUUCUCCCAUUCUGUAAAGACUGGAUAAGGGCCAGCUGGUAUUUGUAUUAAUAGAUGCCCUGCUUUGCUAUUGGAGAGAAGCUCUGAGGCAGCAGCUGCAGCCGCAGGACAGAGCAAAGCCAGGGUGGAGACAGGCACAGUGACACCAGACACCUGUAAAUUAUUCACUUGUGCACUGAACACCCGCAGUGAUUUCCCCUGGGACUGGGAUAUCAUUUGGGGAGCCCUUAGGCGAAGCAAACAGAAGUCACCUUCAACGUCCAGAGGCCACAAUGAUCAGCAGCCAGAAUAUACACACUGCCGGGCAGAUGGAGGGUGAUACAAGUUUACAGGAGGCAAAGGGGAUGAAGAAGAAUGCUGUACUUGUGGAAGGUGUCGUUCUAAAUGGACCAAUCAUUGACAGUAGUUCUGGAGAAAAAUUUGUGGAAGAGGUUUUCAGGAUAUUGAUGAAUGAGGUUGUUUAUAAGGCAACUGAUGUCAAUGAAAAGGUCUGUGAAUGGAAAGAAUAUGAACAACUUAAGAAACUUCUAGAUGUAAAUAUCAAAGACAUUGGAGAACCUCAUCAGAAAUUAUAUCAGCUUUGUCAGAAUGCUAUUAAAUACAGCGUCAAAACAAGUCAUCCAAGAUUCUUCAAUCAGUUGUAUGGCGGAAUGGAUCAUUACUCUUUAGCAGGACGUUUUAUUACUGAAGCUUUGAACCCGAGUGUAUAUACCUAUGAAGUAUCCCCUGUAUUUAUACUAACUGAGGAGGCUGUACUGUCGAAGAUGAUGGAAUUUCUAGGUUGGAAGGAAGGAGAUGGCAUAUUUAGCCCAGGUGGCUCAGUGUCCAAUAUGUAUGCUGUAAAUUUAGCGCGGUACAAGUAUUGUCCUGACAUAAAAGAAUAUGGACUGUCAAGUGUUCCUCGGCUUGUCAUGUUUGCUUCAGAAGAGUGUCACUACUCCAUGAAAAAGGCAGCUGCUUUCCUUGGUAUCGGCACACACAAUGUGUAUUUUGUUAAGGCUGAUGAUCAAGGGAAAAUGAUACCAGAAGACCUGGAUAAAAAAGUGCUUCAAGCUAAAGAAGAAGGAGCUGUGCCAUUCCUUGUUGCUGCCACAUCUGGCACUACAGUGUUAGGAGCAUUUGAUCCUCUGGAUGGUAUUGCAGACAUCUGCGAGAAGCAUAAACUUUGGUUCCAUGUAGACGCAUCAUGGGGAGGAUCAGCGCUAUUGUCUCGAAAAUAUAGGAAGCUGUUACAUGGUAUCAGCAGGGCUGAUUCAGUAGCAUGGAAUCCUCAUAAAAUGCUAAUGGCUGGGAUACAGUGUUGUGCCCUACUGGUGAGAGACAAUAAGGACUUGCUUAAAAGAUGUAAUUCAGCGGAAGCCUCCUAUCUCUUCCAGCAGGAUAAAUUCUAUGAUGUUCGAUAUGACACUGGGGACAAGUCUAUUCAGUGCAGUAGACGAGCCGAUGCAUUCAAAUUCUGGAUGAUGUGGAAAGCUUUAGGGACCAUAGGACUUGAAGAGAGGGUGAAUCGCGCUCUAGCAUUAUCCAAAUAUCUGGCUAUUGAAAUUAAGAAGAGAGAUGGAUUUGAACUUCUCUGGGAACCGGAGUACACAAAUAUCUGUUUUUGGUACAUUCCACCAAGUUUACGAAAAAUUGAAAAGGGACCAGAAUAUUGGCAAAGACUGAACCAGGUAGCCCCCAUAAUUAAAGAGAGAAUGAUGAAGAAAGGAAGCAUGAUGAUCGGAUAUCAGCCUCAUCGGGAUAAAGUAAAUUUUUUCCGUCAAAUUAUCAUCAGCCCCCAAGUCAGCCGCGAGGACAUGGAUUUUGUACUGGAUGAGAUUGAACUACUUGGCAGAGACUUGUAGCUGUGGCCUAGCAGCACAAUGUGCUGCUUUUGCUCAGGUUCUGAAGUCAGAGACUGCAGCAUAUGAAACUGAACAACCAUAGUAUAUACCUACAUAGUCAAGACUACUAACUUCUCAGAUAUUCACGUAUUCUGUCAUUACUUUCAUGUUAAUCACACGUAAUUGUAGAAGCAACAAACAAUCAAUACUGUGAAAUAGAGAAUGAAAUGUGGGAUAACCAUUUUCUGCUUUAAACACAUGCCACAUAUGCUUGUGAACUAGUUUAGUCUAGCAUUUUAGAGAGUUCACACACUUUGCGUAUGUGUAACAUGUCAAUACAUUCACUCCUUGCCUAAGUAGUGAGGUGUGGCACUGUUGCUAUUGCUGCUAAUGGAAAGCAUACAUUUGCUUCUCUUUAGAAAUAUAACCCAUAAAUUAUGCUAUAAAGCUUGGGAAUAAUAAUAUUAAUAAUUUAUUAUAAAACAUUUUCUCUAUAAAUACUAAAAUCUUUAUAUAGUAGACUAUUAUAAAGGAAUACAGUAGAUAAAACUAUAGAAAAAGUACUAGAGUUUAGCAGCCGUCAUAGCUCCAAAUUCCAUGCUUUCCCAUAUAGACAUUCGACUUUUGGUGGCCUAUGGCUUUCACUAGGUGGAGCUUACUAAAUACAAAUUUAUAGGAUCCCAAAUAAGUUCAAAGGAAUUAUUAGUACCUGUAUCCUGAGAAGAAAUGGAUCUUCAAUGCCUUGCAAGACAUUAAGUGAAUUGUUGUUAACUAUCCAUGUAUUAUUAGUUUUGUUAUAGACAGGUAAACCUUAGCAGGUGCCAGGGCCCGUUGAGUUUGAACCAAACAGAAAGUGGUUGCAGUGUGUACAAAAGUGAAUGUGAGUGACAUAUCAAUAUCUGUAGUAGGACAGCUACUAAAUCUGAAUAUGUCACCUGCUGGCAAUGGCUGGCAUUUCCAAGUGGUGCUUAAGCAUUGUUCAAUGUGGAAUCUAAAAAAAUCGAAAAUGAAUGAUUCCAUUAAGAAAUGUAAUAGUUUUCCUUUUAAUAGUGCUAUAGUUUUUGUUUUAGGCAAUAUCAAAUAUCUCUGUUUUGUUAUCAAAAAAUAAAAGCCUAAAAGAUUUAAA